GAACACGCCACUGCAGCGUUAACCUCGCGAAAGCACAACGCACGCCUUCCACAAGGUUGACGAGUGACCGAUUUCUUGAGGCGUGCAGCAUAUCCGAGCGGUUAGAUUGUGUAACUGUAAGUGGCACGACUCGUGCCUCGACUCGUUCGUCAUGGGGGCCACGUUGUCGUCGCAUGGCCUCGCCGACGAACAUCUUCGGCCCCUUGUGACCGAGUACACGACCCAGUCGCUCAAGACUGUUGAGGAAUGCUGGAAAAUCUACGUGGACGAAGCCAACUCGAGUCGCGCAUUGACCCAAAACGAGUUUGACGAAGUGUUUGGGAUGCUGCUGCAAGACACUGUUCCCCACUAUGCGCUGUUUGAGACGGUGGUCCAUGGCAAAACGGGCGUGAAUGGAUUCGAAGUCCUCGUCGCAAUUUGCCUCGCCCUGCGCAACGUCGACAUCAAACGCAAGCUGUUCUUUAUCUUUCGCAUGUAUGUGUGCCCAAACCACGAAAACUUCAUCGAGACCAGUGCAAGGCUGGUCAUCUACAAGGACUGCGUCGGCGCUGUCACAAGGAUGCUGCGCCUGUCGGAGCCCCCGUCAACGGAAGUUACAAGCGCCAUGGAGGGCGCCCUUCGAGCGCAGGACGACUCGAAGCAGUUUGUCACGCUCAAGGAAGCGAUUGAAUUCUCUCUCACGCACCCGUUUGUGUGUUCGUUCUUGGAAGAGCUCCAAGCUCUCUUCACGGGGCUGGUCACAGUGGACAAGGCCUUGACGUUCUUUUCGAAUGCAGAGCUGCUGCUCGACGACGAUAUUGCCGCGAGUGGCGUCGCUGCCGAGAGUUUUCACGACCCGUCCGUUCUUUGGGCGACCAAAAUUCGAGACGUAGGGGGCCAAACAUGGUACAACCACGACGUGGUGCACAUGCCCGACGAUUUGCAGUGUUUUCUCGCGCUGAAAGAGCUUCAGCUUCGAAAACAACCCAUGGCCCUUGUCUACGAACGCAAUCGGUUGAAUAAAACGGGUGAUCGCGUGUAUUGCGGCCUUCUCGAUUUUGAAACGAUUGUCAGGUGUUUGCUGGAAGUCUUGCCCGCCCUCGACGUCACAUGCAAAUCCACGGGCUCGUACAUGGUCAACAUGUCCAAAGCACCAGACAUCGAGUUGGUCAAAAUGGAGGCCGAAAUUGCCGAUGCCGGGCGAAAAUUUGCUUCGAUGCCACUGCGCGACGUUCUCCUCCUAGCACGCAAAAGCAACGAGUUUGUGGGCGACGGGACGCCCCCUCACGGCCUUCGCAUGGCGUACGGGGACGACGUUCUGUUCAACCUCGUUCAUCGCUUUGCCAUGUACGAAUUUUUCGUUCCGAUCGCCCACAGUCCCAAGCAUCCAAGCCCCAUCGUCGGCGUGUUGAGUCCAUUUGACGUGGUCCGAUUCAUGCUCGAAGAUCUGACGAUGCUGAACGGAAAGCAAAACUGGUCAGUGGCCAACGUGGGCUGCAUCUUCAAACCGCUCAGCAUGCACCGGGCAACCGCGAGCAUGUACGAAGCGUUUUCCAUGCUGCAAGCGCGGCACAUGUCUGGCAUGCUGCUUGUCAAUGAUAACGACGAGGGCUAUUCAACGUUUGCGUAUGGCUCGUUGCACGCGUCGUUCGGUCCUGAUGCGGUCGCAGAUGGCAGGAUAUUGUCGAGCUUGUCGAGAGCUGGCCUUCCAAACUCCACUUUGUGGCCACCGUGGAUUUUCCUGUGACCUUACCCGCCGAGAUCACCCCCACCGUGAGCCUCCCCCAUUUUAGCAACCUCGUCUUUCCCAUCGUUCAUGUGUUGAAGACCAAGCCCCCCACGACCAUCCAUUCCAACACGUCCGUCGCAAAAGCGCUUCAAACGUUUUACACGCAGCGCCUCACUCGAUUGUACGUUGUGGACGACGGACAGCCACACAUCGGUUCGUACACUACUAUUCUGGAUGGAUCGGACGCCUAUUUGUAGGAGUCGUGAGGUUGGUGGAUAUGAUGCGGCUUCUCCUCCAAGAGCAAAAGCACACGAGGCAGCAAGACCCUCCUGUUUAAUGGAAGCGGGCGAGUCGACAGCUCUCGUGUUUCAAAACACCCAAUGCAAUUAGCACAAUAUAGAUUCGUUUACACGUCGAACUGGUCGCCAGGGAGUACGCGACGCAUAGG